AUGAGAAGCAGGGGAUUCAGAUCUAAGACAAGAAGUACAUUCAAAAAGGACUACGAUCAGUCCAAGAGACCACAGACAACCACUAUCCUUAACCAAUACAAGAGAGGAGACUAUGUUGACAUAAGCAUAGACUCUGGAGUGCACAAGGGAAUGCCCCACAGAACUUUCAUAGGAAAGACAGGAAGAGUAUACGCCGUAUUCAAGACCUCUGUAGGAAUUGCCAUGACCAAGAAGAGUGGAAACAGUCUUAUUAUCAAGAAAGUAAUUGCAAGAAUUGAGCACGUUAGACCCAGCCAGUGCCAGAAAGAAAAGAUUGCCAGGGACGAGUACAGAGCCAAGCACGGCGUUGCUCCCCCCAAGCCAUUACCAGAAGGCGCAAGACCCGCAUUCACUAUUUCAUUAGAAUCAAACACUCCAGUUAUGCUAAAGUCAAAUUCACACUUUGCACGAUAAAUGGAAGGAUUUUUUCAUAUGAUAACUGAUAUUUAUCAAUUUACAA